CCAAUCCAUCGACUUCAACGAGUAAACCAAACCACACAAAACACAAAACACAUCUCAAACCGACACAAUGGUUCUCGCAGUUGACCUUCUCAACCCCACCCCGGCCGCUGAGGCCCGCAAGCACAAGCUCAAGACCCUGGUGCCCGCCCCCCGCUCCUUCUUCAUGGACGUCAAGUGCCCCGGCUGCUUCACCAUCACCACCGUCUUCUCGCACGCAAACACAGUUGUCGUCUGCCAGGGCUGCUCGCAGGUCCUGUGCCAGCCAACUGGUGGCAAGGCGCGUCUCACUGAGGGCUGCUCUUUCCGAAGGAAGUAGACGAUUCGUGUAAUGGCGAUGGCGGCGACUUGACGGGUUACGAUAACGACUAUCAUGGGAUAGGGAUGUAGAUUCCAUUGGUACCGAUCGGCUCGACCGCAUGAUAGAAGAGGGAUCUUUCGACUCGAGUUCAAAUGCAAAAGUCACCAAAACGGGAGUUCCGGAUAUCUAGCGUGGAAUCAUGGGAUAUCCCUUUCUCAAUUCUAUUUCCUUUAGUUCGGCA